GAAGAAUUAAGGAUAAAACUGGAAGAGAAAAUGAACCACGAGAAUCCAACCAUGUGAAUCGAGAUUAAUUAACUCCAAUUGCGCAUUUUUUUUUUUAAAUUAACUCUUUGAAUCGAGCAGCUUUCAUUUUGACUGGAGCAAUUGCUCCCUUCUGAGAUUAGAGUUCUGAGAUUAGGCUUAACCAAGAUUAGAGUUUUACAGCUGCACCUAACACGCAACAGAGAUUAGGCUUAACCAAGAUGGCUGGCUCUGUCAUCUCUCUUGUCAUUGGGAGAACUGUUGAUCUGCUGCAUAAAAAAUCUGUUUUCCUGAAAGAUGUUGGAAGACAAGUUGAAAGACUUGGAAAUGAUCUGGAGUGGAUGCGGUGUUUCCUGGAAGAUGCAGAACAGAGGCAAGAUGAAAAUGCGAGGAUUCGCAACUGGGUUUCUGAAAUCAGAGCUGCGGCCUACGAUGCGGAGGAUAUCAUUGAGAUCUUUGCCAGCAAAAUUGAAAGCAUAAAAGAUAAGGGAUUUGUGACUAGAUUGGCCUGUUAUCCUCGGCGGAUUGUGAGCCUCGACAAGAUCGGUAAAGAGAUUGAGUCCUUACAGACAAGGCUCAAUGACAUAGCUGCUAGCCGUGAAAAGUAUGGUAUCAAAAAUCUUGGAGAAGGAAUGAGUGCACAUGGCGAAGAGCUGCAACGGAUCCGGCGAUCCUCUCCUUUCAGCGAGGACAAGGAUAUAGUGGGCUUCGAGGAGUUGACAAAAUCCCUGGUGGCAGAACUUUUGAAAGAGGACAAAAACCGCCGUGUGGUUUCAAUUGUCGGCAUGGGAGGUGCUGGUAAAACAACACUAGCCAAAAAAGUUUAUAACCAUGCUGAUGUCAGGGCAAGAUUCAAUUGCCGUGCUUGGGUCUGCCUCUCUUUAAGCUACGAUCACAAAGAGAUGCUGAGAUCAAUCAUAAAGCAAUUGAAUACAGUGGAUAACAAGCUACUUGAAAUGUUGGAAAAGAUGGAAGAGCAAGACUUGGAACGAAGGCUCUAUCAAGAUCUACAAGAUAAAUGUUAUCUUCUUGUGCUUGAUGAUGUAUGGAAGGAAGAAGCGUGGGAUUGUCUUGCUAGGGCCUUUCCUGAUGUUAAUACAUCAAGUAGACUGCUACUUACAAGUCGCAAUCGGGGUGUUCCCUUACAUGCAGAUGCUCUUAGCAAACCUCACGUUCUGAAAACUUUGGGGCAGGAAGAUAGCUGGCAGUUGUUCCUCAGAAAGGCCUUAGGCCAUGGGGAUGAUGCUGGGUGCCCUUCGGAUAUGGAAGAAGUAGGCAGAGAGAUUGCAAAAAGAUGUGAUGGUCUACCAUUGGCCAUCACGGUUAUGGGUGGCCUGCUACUGACAAAGAAAAAGUUGAAGAGUGAAUGGGAGAAAGUUCUCAACAACUUCAGCACAUACCUAUCAAGGAGCCAGAGGGGAGUAUCAGCAACUCUGGAAUUAAGUUAUGCAGACCUCCCUCCCAAUCUGAAACUUUGCUUUUUGUAUUUGGGUUUGUUUCCAGAAGACUCCGAGAUUUCUGUGCGCAAGUUGAUCCAUAUGUGGGUUGCAGAGGGAAUAAUGCAGAAAAGAGAUGCAGAAAAUUUGGAGGAAACUGCAGCAUAUGAUGUGGAACAACUUUUUAGCAGAAAUAUGGUCCAGGUGGUGGAAAUGACUACUGAUGAAAGGAUCAAAAGUUGCAGAGUCCAUGAUUUAUUGCGAGAGCUUGCAAUCAGAAAGGCAAAUGAUGAAAAAAUUUUUCACACCGAUGAAAUCAGAGAUGAUGAAAUAUCAGCCAAAUCCAGGUACCUUGCUGUUCAUAUUCUCCCUUGGGAUAAAAAUUAUGUUGGGUGUUCGAUCCCUCCUGUCCGGUCUCUGCUUUUUUUCAAUAUCCACGGUUACAGGGAAAACAUUAGUCUUAGCUUCAAAAGUUUCAGAAAGCUUAGGAUACUAGAUCUUGAGAAAGUUAUGAUGGCUUAUUUGCCAAAAGAAAUUGGUGAAAUCAGGCUUCUAAGGUACCUCGGUUUACGGCGCACAUGGAUUACAAGACUCCCUCAUUCCGUCGGUUGCUUGCGAUACCUACAAACUCUUGACAUACGGACAAACUCUGUAUAUUUCCCAGUGAUAGUUUCAAAUUUCAUUUGGAAGCUUGAAAGUUUACGGCAUCUAUAUGCGCGUGAUGUAAGAAGUAAUGUGCCUCUUAAGAUUGAAGGAUUGAGAAAUCUCCGAACUCUGUCAGGCAUACACUUUGAUGACAUUAUGCACAAUAACAUGAUAACUUUGAUGAGUCUUCAGAAACUGGGGAUUUGGGUGGAUGACAGGUCAGAAAUAGACAAACUCUGCAUGCAUUUAUCUGAGGUUGGAAGCCUAAAGGCGCUAGGCCUUUAUCGUAAUCCAGGAAGAGGGUGGCCACAAUCUCUAGCUGGACUUUCUAAGCUCCAUCAUUUAACAGAGCUCAAGCUAUCCGGGGUGAGUUUGAGAACGCUGCCUCCUGAUUUCCCUCCAAAUCUCUCUCGCUUGUCUUUGAAAUUCACACGUCUCAAGGAUGACCCAAUGCCAACACUAGAGAAGUUGGGACAGCUGUCGUUCCUCAAAAUGGAAUGUGCGUACGAGGGAAAACAGCUAUUCAUCUCUAGGCAUGGCUUUCACCAAUUGAAAUUCCUUGAGCUCAGCCGCCUAUAUGAUUUGGAUGAAAUAAAUGUGGAGAAAGGUGCAUUGCCACGGCUCCGGUGCCUGAGAAUCAGGAAGUGCCUCUCAUUAGAGAAGUUGCCGGAAGAGCUUGACCCUGAGCUUGUGGACAAAGCUUGA